AGUAUUUCGCCAGACUGCGAGCGAAACGGACCGGAUACGGGAAUCCAAAGCGAAUUGCCGGACCCGGAUAUCGUUGCAAAAGGCGCGUAAUAUUUGGUGAAUGGUGACCCUUUGAAACCACCUACGUACACCUGCCAAGUGCUCAGCCAGUGCGUCUCCGGCAUUUCUAUUUCUGAUCUGGUGCCCACCUUCUAUAUAUGUAUACACCUUCGAAAACACGUGAUAAACAUUAGAAUGCCUUAUAAUUACCUAUGGUAAUCGCAGGUGAAGUGCCCUAAAACUGAGAGUCUGUGGGUUUAAACCCACAUUAACUUCAGAAUGUCAGCUCCAGCGGCAGGUGCGGCGUCUGCCGUCCUGGACUUUGACGACAUCCUGGUCGAGAUCGGAGAAUUCGGACGCUUUCAGCGGCGGAACUAUCUGCUCAUAUGCUUGCCCGUACUUUUUGCUGCCGCCAAUAGCCUGUCGUAUGUUUUCACGGCAGGAUCGCCGACCUAUCGAUGCUACGUGCCCGAGUGCGAUAAGCUGGUUGAUGCGGAAUAUGGAGCGAAUUGGGUGUCGAUUGCCGUGCCCGGAAGCUGGAGCAAGCGGGGCCAUUUUACGCCGUCCACCUGCGAAAGGUUCGUGGCGAACGGUGACCAUCUUGAGUCCUCAUCGGAUCCUUGGAGUGCGUGGCCUUUGGAUCAGUGCUUUGCUGAGAAUUUCACGACGGAAACGGAGCGAUGCAAUCAGUUUGUGUACGGCAGUUCGGAACGGACCAUUGUGCAGCAGUGGGGACUACAAUGCCCCGAGAAUCUCUGGAAGCUGGCAUUCGUGGGCACUAUACACUUUGCUGGUCUGGUUGUGGGAACAGCUCUAUCCGGCUACCUCGCCGAUCGAUAUGGACGCAAGCACAUUUUCCUCUUCUGCAUCGUGUUCAUGGCGUUGACGGGAGUGGCGCAGGCGCUGUCCUGGGACUACAUAAGUUUCCUGUUCUUUGCCUUGCUGAAUGCAGUGGGCACUUCCGGUGUCUAUCCGCUGGCUUUCAUCAUUGGGGUGGAAAUGGUCGGGCCGCGGAAACGCGAAAUGUCCUCCAUUGUGCUCAACUACUUCUAUGCCGUGGGCGAGGCACUCCUGGGCCUGUCCGUUUUCCUGCCCGACUGGCGGCAAUUGCAACUGGCGCUCUCUGUACCGCCGCUCAUCUGCGUGGCCUACUUUUGGCUGGUACCGGAGUCCGUCCGGUGGCUGCUGGCUCGUAACCGGCGGGAGCAAGCGGGAGUCAUCAUCCGGCGGGCCGCAAAGGUUAACAGGCGAGACAUCUCCGUCGAGCUGAUGGCCAGCUUCAAGCAACAGGAGCUUGAUGCAGAAACGGGCCAAGAGGAUGAUGUCGAGGGUGGCCUGCACGUAAAGAAGGAUGACAAGAUCUGGUUGGCCGUCAAGGAGGUGGCGCGCUCUCACAUUUUGAUGGGCAGAUACGCCAUAUUGCUGCUGAUUUGGGCCGUCAAUGCCAUCGUCUACUAUGGACUCUCGCUCAACGCCACCAGUUUGAGUGGCAACAAGUACCUAAACUUCGCCCUGGUUUGCCUCGUAGAGAUACCCGGCUACAGCCUCGCAUGGCUGUUCCUGCGGAGAUUUGGACGACGUGUGGCACUUUCUGGCUCCUUGCUGCUCUGCUCUAUCACGUGUGUGGCCAGCGGAUUCGUUACACUAGGUGCCAACUGGCUGGUUGUGACGCUCUUUCUGGUCGGAAAACUGGGCAUCACCUCCUCCUUUGCAGUCAUCUACACGUUCACAGCGGAAAUGAUGCCCACGGUCAUUAGGAGCGGCGGCGUUGGUGUGAUGUCCACAUUUGCCCGCUUCGGUGCAAUGCUGGCUCCAUUUGUGCCCCUAUUGGCUUCGUACUAUGACCCACUACCUCUGCUACUUUUCGGGACACUAUCGCUCGUGGCUGGACUCCUCUCGCUGUUACUGCCGGAAACCUUCAACCGAAAACUACCGGAUACGGUGGAAGAGGCGAUUGCAUUGGGAAAGUGAUUCAUUCUUGUUUGGAUGGACAUAUUUGCCACCGAUCAGCAAUAUACACAUAUAUUUAUAUAAAGCGAUGUAGCUGACCUUAAAAAAUACUCGUUAUAAAGUAUUGUAUAC